AUGGAACUUAGCUCAAAAAGAGAAAUUGCAGAUGAGCAGACAUCCUCUUUGGCGGUUCCAGACUCAUCAGCCGUAGAAGUAAAUCACGAGAAAAACGAUUCUGAUCUCUUCUCAACAAUUUUCGCUAACAUUUCUGAUCCAGAAUCAAUGCUUCAGAAAUGCUUCGACGAAAAAGACCAAAUUAUGGAAGAAAGCUUCAAAAAAGUCCCAAAGCUCCACCCAAUAUGGGCAAAAAUUGUUUCUGCAGCCAAAUCUGUGGACAAAGAAAAAGAAUUGUGGGACACUUUUUCAGAAAACGAGCUGCCCAAUGACGAGUCAUUAAAACUCAAAAACAUUCUUUUUAGUUUUGGGCUCUUUAGCGAAUUUCUCCAAAUAGGCAAUGUCAGCUGGGCCUUGACAGAGAAAUUCCUGAAUGUUUGGCAAGAGAAUCUUCAGGAUAAGGAAUUGAGGGCUCAUGCGAAGGCUUCUCAAUUGCUGGCAGUAUUUUUGUCGACAUUGAAAACAACUGAGAUUAACACAACUGGGUAUUUUAGACAAAUUUUUUCUGUAGUCCCUAACUCUACUAAUUUAUUAGCAAGCAAAAUAUUAGGGGCUCCUACUUUUGGGAAAAUUUAACCCUCAUGGAUUGUGUUAGAAAUAAUAUUUAAUUAUUAUAAAAAUGAGAUCUAAAGCUAAUUUUAUUUAAUUAAGCAGUCUGCGUCCUUAGACAUUAAAUUUAGAUCUCAUCCAAAAAUUCGAAAUAUUUUUGUAAAAAUUUUAAUAUAGUUUUUUUAAUAAAAUUGACCCCUAGAUUUUUUGAUCGCUAACAAGAGGGGGAGUAAAGUAAAGUCAGCAGAGCUAUUGCAGACGAUCACAAAAACUUUGAUCAAAAAGGCUGAUAAUAAAAGAUGUGAGUGGGCAAUUUCUAGAUUAGGGAGGAUUGGCAAAGAAAAAUCAGGAUAUUUUGUAGUCAACCAACUUUAUAAUUUUGCUAAAAAGAGCGAUAUCAGUCAAGAGCUGGUGCAAGACUCGCUUAACUCUCCAUCCUUGAUCGAGCGAUUUUCAUGUGGUCAAGCAUAAAAUAAUCCCAACCUCACCUAAAAUCUAACUACCUAUGAUCGAGUUAUUUUCAUCCCAAUCUCACCGAAAAUCUAACUACCUAUCCUUGAUAAUAAUGAAUUUAGAGAUUAUGCAAUAUGAUCGUAAAUAUACGGUUCUAGUGCAAUUUAUAACAUAAUUACUAUACUCUAUCUCUUAUGUAUAGCGCACAAAAUAUUUUAUAUAGAAAAAAAUUAUACAAACAAAGCAUUUGGUACGAUAAAUAUGGAGAGAAUAAGCAAUUGUUCGAGAUAGGCAUUUCACAAGACCAAAAUUUGGCUGAAUUCGCAAGGAAGAUGAUUUUAGUUGCACUAGGGCAGUUAGAUAAAGAAAAUUCAAUUUUUGUUUACAAGCUGAUUAAAGAGCUGAAAAACGAAAAUUAUCCAAUUUUAGCUGGAUUUAUAUCGAAGAUUGAUAAAAUUAAAAUUUCUGACUCAGAAGAUGAGCGCUUAGGAAAAAGAAAGGCGAAGUCUUCAAGCCUAAUUACACAAUCCCAAUUAGAAACACUAAAGCAGCUUGGUUUAGUUCUCGGUAUUGAAAGUUUCUAUCUUAAUAACUUUUCCAUUUGUGACCAGCUCACCGAACUAAUAGCAGCCUUAAUAAGCAAUAAACCCAGCAAACAAAAAGAAGAAAAUCCUUUAGACAUGCUUUUCAAUAUGCUCUACAAAGAAUACACAAAAUCCGUUUCAUACACAAGAGGGUUAAUUAAAAAGACUUUCCAAGAAUUUGUUGGUGAAAUUUCAAUGAAUUUUGUUGACAAGCUCUGCUCACAAAUACAAAGCAGGAUGAAUAUUUCUGAAGAGAUCUUGAAAAAGCCUUCAAAAGAAGAAAAAGUUGUUGAAAACUUAUCUGAACUCAAGCCUGAAAAUAGCGAUAACUCACAAAAACAAAUAUGGAUUAAUACCCUUAGGAGCGAUCUAUCUCUGAGGGUAUGCGAUUUGAUAGAAAUCAUUAUCAAAAAUACAGAAAACCACUCAAUUUUACUAAAACUAUACAAAACCCUCAUAAAAUGCUUCAAAGCAGCAUUUAAAAGGAAAAAGAGAACUGGACUAGCAGAACGAUACCACUAUUUAAUGGACGAAAUUUCCAAAAUUGAGCUGAAUAUUGAUAAAAGUGAGACCAGCGAUUUAGGAGGGAUUUUUGCUGCAGCAGUAAAAUGUGUUAUGAGAGAAAAAAAUCUAACUUUGUUCCCAUCUUUGAUUGAAUUACGCUAUUGUAGGGUCUAAAACAAAUUAUAUACAUAAUUUUUUAAUUUUAUAUGAAUUUUGUCAUUAAAGCUAUUUCAAAAAUUUGGAGAAUAAUUCAGUUAAGAAUGGGAGAGUAAACAAAUUUUUAGCCAAAACGCUUUUCAAUUUGGUAAAAAUUAUAGACAAAGCCAACCAUGAAGAAGCAACCCAAGUUGUAAACGACACAAUCAGCAAUUAUAUGACUGCGAAAAAUCCUAAAUUGAGCUUAGAUGUUCUGAGCGGAAUUGUUUUAGCAUUAAGCUUCGAUAAGUAUAUUUUGAAUCUAUUGCACAAUUAUGUCAAAACUGGAAAAGACCAGAAAAAGCGGCUUGAGACUCUUGAAAUUUUAAAGAAAAUUAUCAAGUUAUGGCCAUAUAAUGACAAAGAUGCAAAAAAACUCUUCAGAGCUAUAAAACAAAUUUUAGAUGAAAAAAUAAAAAACAAGGAAAAGAAUAAAUUAUUGAAAAAUAUUUUGGCAGCUCUAUUUAUUUACUCUAAAAAGACGACAGAAAUGGAAGAAUUUGGCAAGAGGUUUGAAAGAAUAAAGCCAAAGUUAUCAAACAUCCCUUCACUAUCUGGAAUAAUCUCACAAAUAUCAAAGUCUAGUAAAAUAUAA